AUGGCUAGAUUGUCUGCUCCAAUUUCCCCUCCAAUGGAAUCUACCGGUGACCGGUUGAUGACUUUGGAAACCCAAGACGGCCAUGCCUUGCAAGGUUACUCUUUUGGUGCCCCAGUCUCUGCUGCCGGUGAAGUUGUUUUCCAGACCGGAAUGGUGGGUUACCCUGAAUCCAUCACCGACCCUUCCUAUGAGGGUCAAAUUUUGGUGAUCACCUACCCACUUGUGGGUAACUAUGGUGUUCCCGACCGUAACUUGAAGUGUGACAUUGUUGAGGAGUUGCCAAAGUACUUCGAGUCGAACAGAAUUCAUAUUGCUGGUUUGGUUGUUGCUCACUACACCGAGGAGUACUCUCACUACUUGGCCACUUCCUCUUUGGGUCAAUGGUUGCAGAAGGAGGGUAUUCCUGCCAUGUAUGGUGUUGAUACCAGAGGUUUGACCAAAAAGUUGAGAACUGAGGGUUCUACCUUGGGUAGAAUGGCCAUCCAAUCUGCAAACUCUAAGCAUGAUGAAGUUGUGGGCCAAGAAAACUGGGCCCCAUUCUUUGACGUUCCCCAAUGGGACGAUCCAAACGUUAAAAACUUGGUGGCAAAGGUUUCGACCAAAGAACCAGUUUUGUACAAGCCAAAGACCAAUGUCAAGACCGACAAGAAUGGUAAGCCCAUUCGUAUUGUUGCUGUGGACGUUGGUAUGAAGUACAACCAAAUCCGUUGUUUUGUCGCCAGAGGCGUUGAAUUGAAGGUUGUGCCUUUUGAUUACGACUACACCAAUGAAGAAUACGAUGGUUUGUUUGUCUCCAAUGGCCCAGGUGAUCCACAAGUGAUGACAGAUGCUGUUUCCAGAUUGGAAAAAGUGAUGAAAGAAGGAAAGACUCCAGUCUUCGGUAUUUGUUUGGGUCACCAGUUGUUGGCUAGAGCUACUGGUGCUUCUACUUUGAAGUUGAAGUUUGGUAACCGUGGACACAACAUUCCAUGUACUUCUACCAUCUCGGGAAGAUGCUACAUUACUUCGCAAAACCACGGUUUCGCAGUUGAUUCCAAGACUUUGGCCGACGGCUGGAAAGAAUUGUUCGUCAACGCCAACGACGGCUCCAAUGAAGGUAUUUACCACGAGUCGAAGCCUUUCUUCUCCGUGCAAUUCCACCCUGAAUCCACCCCUGGCCCAAGAGAUACCGAAUUUUUGUUCGACGUCUUCAUUAAUGCAGUUGUUGACUUCAAGAAUACCGGAGUUUACAAGCCUGUGCAAUUCCCAGGUGGCUUGCUUGCAGACAACAGAGCUGCUCAUCCAAGAGAAAAUGUCAAGAAGGUUCUUGUCUUGGGUUCGGGUGGUUUGUCUAUUGGUCAAGCUGGUGAGUUCGACUACUCUGGUUCUCAAGCCAUCAAGGCUUUGAAGGAGGAAGGUAUCUACACUGUUUUGAUUAACCCCAACAUCGCUACUAUCCAAACAUCCAAGGGUUUGGCUGACAAGGUUUACUUUUUGCCUGUCAACCCUGAGUUUGUGAGAAAGGUGAUUGAGCAUGAACGUCCAGACGGUAUCUACUGUACUUUUGGUGGUCAAACUGCUUUGAGUGUUGGUAUCGCCUUGAAGGACGAGUUUGAAUCCUUGGGUGUCAAGGUCUUGGGUACUCCAAUCGACACAAUCAUUACCACUGAGGACAGAGAAUUGUUCGCUAGUGCUAUGGAGGAAAUCAACGAAAAGUGUGCCAGAUCUGAGGCCUGCUCUACUGUUGAAGAAGCUGUUAAUGCCGCAAAUGCCAUUGGUUACCCAUUGAUCGUUAGAGCUGCUUACGCCUUGGGUGGUUUGGGCUCUGGUUUCGCUGACAAUGAAGCAGAGUUGGUAGCCUUGUGUCAAAAGGCUUUUGCUACAUCUCCUCAGGUUCUUGUUGAAAGAUCCAUGAAGGGUUGGAAGGAAGUUGAAUACGAAGUCGUUCGUGAUGCUUUUGAUAACUGUAUCACUGUUUGUAACAUGGAGAACUUUGAUCCUUUGGGUAUCCACACUGGUGACUCUAUUGUGGUCGCUCCAUCUCAAACUUUGUCGGACGAGGACUACAACAUGUUGAGAACUACUGCUGUUAACGUUAUCAGACACUUGGGUGUGGUUGGUGAAUGUAACAUUCAGUAUGCUUUGAACCCAUUCUCCAAAGAGUACUGCAUUAUCGAAGUUAAUGCUAGAUUGUCUCGUUCUUCUGCUUUGGCCUCUAAGGCUACUGGUUACCCAUUGGCUUACACUGCUGCUAAGUUGGGUUUGAACAUCCCAUUGAACGAGAUCAAGAACUCUGUUACCAAGUCUACUUGUGCAUGUUUCGAACCUUCCUUGGAUUACGUUGUCGUUAAAAUUCCAAGAUGGGAUUUGAAGAAGUUCACCAGAGUUUCUUCCUUGUUGUCUUCUUCCAUGAAAUCCGUCGGUGAAGUCAUGUCCAUUGGCAGAACUUUCGAAGAAGCCAUUCAAAAGGCAAUCAGAUCCACCGAUUACCAAAACUUGGGUUUCAACUCUACUGCCGCUUUGAUGUCUAUUGACAUUGACACUGAAUUGCAAACACCUUCCGACCAACGUUUGUUUGCUAUUGCCAACGCUUUGACUGAUGGUUACAGUGUUGACAAGGUUUGGCAAUUGACUAACAUUGACAAAUGGUUCUUGAACAAAUUGGACGGUUUGAUCAAGUUUGGUAAGAAGAUCGCCGACUUUGGCUCUAAAGAAAAAUUGCCAGUCCCAGUGUUGAGACAAGCUAAGCAAUUGGGAUUCGAGGACAGACAAAUUGCCAAGUUCUUGGACUCUAACGAAGUUGCCAUCAGAAGAAUGAGAAAGGAAGCUGGUGUCAUCCCAUUUGUGAAACAGAUUGAUACUGUUGCUGCUGAGUUCCCAGCCUUCACAAACUACUUGUAUGUGACUUACAACGCUGACUCUUCCGAUGUGGACUUCGAGGACCACGGUGUUAUUGUUUUGGGUUCUGGUGUUUACAGAAUCGGAUCUUCCGUCGAGUUCGAUUGGUGUGCUGUCAGAGCCAUCAGAACUUUGAGAGAAAACAAGAUUAAGACGAUCAUGAUCAACUACAACCCAGAAACCGUUUCUACUGAUUACGACGAGGCAGACAGAUUGUACUUCGAAACUAUCAACUUGGAAAGAGUGUUAGAUAUUUAUGACUUGGAACAAUCUUCUGGUGUUGUGAUUUCUAUGGGAGGUCAAACCUCUAACAACAUCGCCUUGACUUUGCACCGUCAAAACGUUAAAAUCUUUGGUACCUCUCCAGAAAUGAUCGACUCUGCUGAGAACAGAUAUAAAUUCUCCAGAAUGUUGGACAAGAUUGGUGUCGACCAGCCUGCUUGGAAAGAAUUGACUUCCAUUGCUGAUGCAGAAGAGUUUGCUGAAAAGGUUACCUACCCAGUGUUGGUCCGUCCAUCGUACGUCUUGUCCGGUGCUGCCAUGAACACCGUUUACUCUAAGGCUGAUUUGGCUUCCUACUUGUCGCAGGCUGUGGAUGUUUCUCCAGACUACCCAGUUGUUAUCACCAAGUACAUUGAGAACGCCAAAGAAAUCGAGAUGGACGCUGUCGCCAAGGACGGUCAAAUGAUCAUGCAUGUUGUUUCUGAACACGUCGAAAAUGCCGGUGUUCACUCCGGUGAUGCUACUCUUAUCGUUCCUCCUCAAGACUUGGAUCCAGAAACUGUCCGCAGAAUUGUUGAAGCUACUGCUAAGAUCGGAAAGGCCUUGGACAUCACUGGUCCUUACAACAUUCAAUUCAUUGCUAAGGACAAUGACAUUAAGGUCAUCGAAUGUAACGUGCGUGCAUCUCGUUCUUUCCCAUUCAUUUCCAAGGUUGUCGGAACCGACUUGAUCGAAAUGGCUACGAAGGCCAUCAUGGACCUUCCAGUAACUCCAUACCCAGGAAAGAAAUUGCCUGAGGAUUACUGUGCUGUCAAGGUUCCACAAUUUUCUUUCUCGAGAUUGGCUGGUGCUGACCCAAUUUUGGGUGUCGAGAUGGCUUCUACUGGUGAAGUGGCCACUUUCGGAAGAAACAAGUACGAGGCUUACUUAAAAUCGUUGAUUUCCACCGGAUUCAAGUUGCCAAAGAAGAACAUUUUGUUCUCUAUUGGUUCAUACAAGGAGAAACAAGAGUUGUUGCCUUCCAUUAAGAAAUUGCACGAGUUGGGCUACACUUUGUUUGCCACAGCUGGUACUGCUGAUUUCAUCAAGGAGCACGACAUUCCCGUCCGCUACUUGGAAGUGUUGAAAGACAGCGAUGACCAAAAAUCCGAGUACUCGUUGACUCAACACUUGGCUAACAACUUGAUCGACUUAUACAUCAACUUGCCAUCUUCGAACAGAUUCCGUCGUCCAGCAUCUUACAUGUCCAAGGGAUACGAAUCUCGUCGUAUGGCUGUCGACUACUCUGUGCCAUUGGUGACUAACGUCAAGUGUGCUAAGUUGUUGGUUGAAGCAUUGGCUAGAAACAUCUCUUUGGAUGUCAGCAACAACGAUGCUCAAACCUCACACGACACGGCCGAGUUGCCAGGUUUGGUGAACAUCACAUCGUUUGUUCCAUCUUUGAACGACUUUGAGGCUACCACCAAGGCUUCCUUGGCUGCCGGUUUCACCUUCAACUCUUUCUUGCCUCAAACUGUGGCUGGAUCAACUGUUGUGGACGUUGAAUCUUUGGCUGAUGCUCUUGAGUUGGCUUCCGAGUCGGCAUACACUGACUAUUCGUUGUCAAUUUCGGGAUCAGCCACCAACGCCGAGGAAGCUGCUUCAGCUGCUAACGCUGGCUCUUUGUUCUUACCUUUCAACGAGCUUGCAAACUCCAAGGUUUCUGCUGUUUCGGCUCACUUUGCUUCUUGGCCUGCUUCCAAGCCAAUGAUCACCGACGCAAAAGCUACGGAUUUGGCUUCGGUUUUGUUGUUGGCUUCUUUGCACAACAGAUCCAUCCAUAUCACUGGUGUUUCUAGCGAAGAGGACUUGGAAUUGAUCAAGAUGGCCAAGGCUAAGGAUUUGCAAGUGACAUGUGACGUUGCCGUUUAUUCUUUGUUCUUGUCUAAAAACAACUACCCACAAUUCAACUUCUUGGCCUUCUCAAGAGGACCAAGAUGCCUUGUGGGCCGGUUUGGAACACAUCGACUGCUUCUCUGUUGGUGUCUUGCCUUAUUUGGUUGCCAAGGGAUUGGGCCACGAUAUUACACCUGGUUUGGGUUUGAAGGAGACUUUGCCAUUGUUGUUUUCUGCUGUCAAAGAAGGAAAACUCACUACAGAAAGACAAUUAUUCUCCGCUUGCAUAACAAAUCCAAUCAAGAUACUCCACCUUCCUAA